AUGUCCGUCAUUCAAGUUGAAGAUCUCGUCUCCUACCAACUGCGAACGAGCUAUCUCAACGACAUUGCCGACGGCGUGGGCGAGCGCCUCCUCACCGUAAACGAGACCUUUAUCAACACAGCCCCCUUCAAAGCUGCGGGAUGGCGCCCGACGUCGAGCCACAAGCGGACGCAUUCUCCCCCGAUCCCCACGGCGAUUGCGUCGGAAUACUUUCAGGCCCCGCGCCAGCUCGGCCUAUCGCUCGAAGACGGCGAGGAUGAUGGGGGCAUGCUGACGCACGGCGGCGCCGACACCAUGGGCCCCGGCAUCGCCACUAAGAGGCGCAGGCGCCGAGAGCAGAUGGAGGAGGACGACAGCAGCGACCUCACCGACGAUAGCGAGGAGGAGCAGGAGCAGCGCGACGCGCAGCGAAUAAAGUUCGCCAAAAUGCCCCUCCGCAACCGCGCGGGGUCGUCGCCGCUGCAGAACACGGCCCUCAAGCAGCCCUUUGGGAGCACGUCACCGAGGCCGCCCCGCCGCGGCUCGCAGUCGGCACUGGAGACGGUCAAGGAGCGCACGCGAAGAGAUACUGUUACUAGCAGCGAGAUUUCUUCCGAGGGCGAGUUUGACGUUCCGCUUGCGCAAAGGCAUCGCGAGGCCGCACGGGCGGUGGCGCGCACGCUGAAGCUGCAGGACAAGAUUAACGAGGAACCCACGCCGGGCAUCAAACGCACCGACACAACAUUGUUACCAGAGGAGGAGGAAGACUCGGAGGAGGGGUCCGAUAUUUCAGAAGAUUACGUCGGAAGUAUCGACUCGGCUUCCAUCCUAAAUGUGGUUGAAACCGGCACUCCAACACACCCAGUGGUUGGUACCCCGCCGCGUAAUUACCGCAGACAAUCAACAGUACGAAAAUCACAGCUCCCAUCGGAGCCCGCAAAGCUGUCGGCCCUGCCGCCUCCUCGGCCUCUCAGCACUAUCCGACCUCUUAGCAUUAUACAGCCAGCAAGUCUUUUGACCCAGGCUUUGAAAGCCAAAGAGCACAAGCCAUCAAUACCGUUUCAAAAAUUUGCACACUAUAGCGGCCAGGGGACGCCGGGUUCCAUUGCUGUUCGAAUAUACCCAGCAUACGCUAAAACAGCAAGCAAGCCCUUCGAGGUGCCUAUUCGGCCACGUGUGAGCGACGGCCACGGCGCUGAACGAGCUGCGACCGUGGCAGACCUCAUCGGUCUAAGUUUGUAUCGAUAUAAUGAAGAGAAGAGAGAGCCUCGCCUGCCGCGCGACAGACUGAAUAUCAAUUGGUGGACACUACGAAUGGUAGAGGAGGGGGGUGAAGUAGACGACGAUUUCCCGCCGUUUGAGAGAACAAAGCCUCUCAUUUCCUUUACAACGGUCCACAAUGCCGGCAUGAGAGGCGGUGGUCGUAUGCGCGCCAACUCGAGAGCAUUUGAUGACUUUGCAUUGGUGCUUGCAGACGAGGACGAGUAUGAGACGAACAAGAGACUCACUCCACAGCAGGACGAAGAGGCUACGCCGCAGUCCGCUCCGGCAAACGAUCCAGAGGAAGCGCGCAAAGACGCACUACAGCCUGGUGUCGCCGCAAUGCAGGCAGCAGCCAGCCGGCCACGACAUAACCCUAUUAUGACGACUACUUAUCGUCCAAAUACGCCACUUGCCGAUGCGCCGCAGACGCCGAACAUCAUGCCGAAUACCAACAGAGGCCAGCAGAAACUACUUCGUGUGCACAUCAUGUCUUCUGACAUUGUACCUGGACAAAUGGUGACGGUUGAUGUGACGACUGAUACAUACCUCGAAGAAGUGCUCGAGAUGGUGUGUCGUAAGAGACAGCUUGACAAGGCCAAUCAUGUUCUCAAGCUACCAGGCUCGGGUGCUGUGGUCAUGAUUGAUCGGCCGGUCUCGUCGAUUGGCAACGUGUCGGACCUGGAGCUCUACCGGCGGCGGUUCGCGACGGACGGCCCGCUGACAAUGGCGGGAUCACCCAGCAGCGCGUCCCCGCGAUCCGGGGCCGCGACGUCACUGCCCGAGAGCCACAUGCUGCGGCGUGGUGGCAACAAGCAGCGCGGGGGCGCGGGCCCGAUCAUGGGCGUGCACCCCCUGGCGCGCGAGGCGCUGAAGCAGGACGAGCUGGGCAGCGACGGGGGCAAGAAGUACACGGUGUGGCGCAAGCAGCCGAUGCGGCUGGUGCUCAGCGAGCGGCUGCUGAUGAUUGACGGCGAGUACAUUCACAUUGUGCCAGCAUCGGCGGGCAAGGCGCUGCAGGACACGACGAGCAAGACGACGACGGUGCACUUCAGCAACGUGAUUGGAUGUAAAGUGGCGCGAAAGCAUCCGACCAAUGUCAAGCUGGUGGUGUACAAGGCAGCCGAGACGAAGCGCUAUGACUUUGAAGCGCGCAACGUCGACGAGGCGGCGGAAAUCGUCAGCGAGCUGAAAAGAGGCAUUGCUCCGUACAACCGAGACGUGUAA